UGGUGCUUCGGAAGUAGGUCUUCAUCGCCGGACCCUCACUUUCUCGGGCCGAGCACCAACCCUUGAUGAAACGAAUGGGCACGAUCGAUCGAAGUCGGACGGCUGGCAACAGACCACUUCAGCGGGCAAUUCCAAUCGCGAAUACGCAUCGUCCGGUCCAAACAUAAAGAAUGUGCCUUACGACCGUCGCCAUUGGGCAGCGGGUAAGAUUGAAGGUGAUAGAGUGAUGAAGUCUAGGUCCGCUUGGGUGCGGGCUGGCAGCUUGCUCUUCUGUCCCAGGCCGCCUCUCGAGAUCCUGCCGACCUGCAGCUCUCGUGAGGACGCCUAUAGCUCACACCCACGCAACUCGAUACAGCGCGUUGGUGACGACGAAGACGCAGGGGCUCGACCAAGAGGAAGUGCGGACAAUCGGCGAUCAGCCAGUAGCAGCAACGCGCUGGCUGACACGAUACGGAAGAGUCAGAGCUGCGAAGACAAGGCUGAAGGGGCGGCAAAGCCGCUUGACGGCCUGAGUGCAAUGAUCUUGCCAAAGCUCGUGCCUGGCCUCACCCUUCCUGCAAGCAUUCAAAUUGUUGAAGAUGACGAGCGCACGCUGUGCGAAUUAUACGAAGCACACAGGCGCGAAGUCAUGUCGACCGAAAGUUGGGUGCCAUUCUGCCCCCCUUCAAACCUGUUCAUUUCUUACAGGACGAUGCCCGGCUUCCUACGUAAGCCAGAGAAUGGCCCCGAUACGGCCUCGAACAGCGCGGCCUCCGAAGACACAGAUCGUAACGAUCCUCAGCCCGAUGGGCAAGAGUCUAGAGUCUCAGCGGACACAAGCGGGUCUCAACACGCUCCGAUGCAAAGCAGCUCCCUGGACGUCCGGAUUCCGCUGGAUGACUUCUCUUUCGACAUCGAGCGCCAAGCUUUGUCCACAGAAAGGCGAAUUCCUGGCGGACCUCUGGGCACUCCGUAUCGAUUCUUCACUGCCGAAACGCCAAGUCCGAUCGUGGACCGAGCUGCAAGAACGCGACAGCUGCUACCCCUCCACGUCCACGAUCCACUAGAGAGCCCUUUCCGAGACAUCUCAUACUUGUCAGACCCUGCGUCACGAAGGCAAGGCGAUCACAGCAUUGCACCCGCGCUGGAAUACUUCUUGCAGGCGUCGCCCUUACGAUCAGAGGAAGGCGAAGCGUCUGGAGACGUACGAGAGCCGUCGGAGCCUGGUGCGGCCGACACCUCAGCAAAUUCUACGCGACGGACUCCAAGCAUAUCCGCAUCCGAUGAUGCUGAUGACAAGCUCACGUCAAUACAAGACAGCCAUCUCACACGGUCUAUAGCACCUAUCUCAACCUUCGGCCGCGAAGGUCGAGCAGAAAGCCAUAACAGAGUAGAGGCAGACGAGAGCUGGCAAACAUUUUUACAUAGCCUCGAUGAGGACCUUGACUUGCAUGACAGAGUGGAUGAAACGCUAUCGGUCCCUGUUGACUCGCGUCUCGCCUUUCCCACCGGAGCUGGCGCGCCGUCCGGGUCCGAACGAUCACUGCAACAAUCGGCCGGCCAGCCGAGUCCUGCCUCAACCUCUCGUUCGUUGCUCCAAAAGAUGCAAUGCGGAGAGGGCCUGAGCCCCUCUCAGCCCUCAUGUUCACGCUCGUUGUGUAGCUCAACGGCAUCGAAAGCUUCUCUGGCGCAGCUGUUGGGUAUGUCGUCGAGCAACCAGACUAGCGGCUCUGGUCGUACUGGGGCACCUGGCGGAUUCAUCAGACCUUCGUCACUGGAUCCUACUUCCUGCGCUCUGCGAAGGCGCAGUCUCGGGUCCGAGCUCGGGCUUUCAAAUCAUGGCGAUCCGGCAAGCCCAGCAUACGAGGCACAAGACGCCGGUCGGACUCCAUUUGUCAAGCGCAAGUCAAGUGGCACCACCGCAACCCCUUCGACACACGGUCCAAGUGACAGCCUCAGCACACUCUCAAGCAUAGUCGAGGUCGUCAUAUCACCUGAUCGCUCAGCGAGUUGCUCAAGUCACUCACUAAGCCAGGAAUUGCGAAUCACUUCCGUCGAUCGGCUCAGCGCUGAUCUGCAAAUCGCUCUGCAGGCCCUUGAUGGUGCGGAGGCGUCGGGCCUCAGCUCGGACUCGCUGCCAGCAGGUGAAACCGAGCACACUGAUACGGUGCCUCUUCAAUCAUUGGGCGCCAGUCCUGCUCGCAUGCUCUGCGAUCAACACUUCUACACUCAUGGCAUUCGGCAACUCGAGACCGUAGAUGAGGUUACAGAAGACUCAACGGUCCCUAGCUGUGGAUGGGAUAGGCACGUCAAUGCGAGCCUCGACCAGAUCUGGGCUCGACAGCAUCACCGCCAUCAGAGCAGCCUGAGCACGGUCUUGAGCAGCGACAUGCAGCAUCUGCUCUCGAACCAAGUGUCAGUCAUGGAAGCUGCCAGAGACCGUAUCAGCAGUGCAGGGGAGCUAGGAAAUACAAGUGCCAGCAGUCACGCUGGUUCUACCUCCCUUAGCCAGCGCAGUGAUGUAUCACAUCGCAGUCGCGGCUUGUGCGAGUCCCUUCAACUUAGCGCAGCACUCGUUGCCAGUCCCGAUGCCAGCUUGGCGGGCUACGUUAGAGUAUUGACGCGUCUGAACGCUCCUGGAGCCAUUUGUCCACUGAUUGGGCCUCGCAGCCGCUUGCCUUCCACAGCCACGGUAGGGACCUUGACCACGCCACGACGCGCGAUGGGCCUCAACGACUCGUAUUGGUCCUCUUCACCUCAGUCUUUGUCACUUGAAGUGCCAUAUGAUGCAGCUGCUCCUGUGUCCGCUGCACCCGAACUCAGACCCGUCUCACCGGUAUCAAGCCUGCACGACCAGCAAACUGACCUCUGCAAAGAGUCUACGACAAAUUCACAAGGUAGAGCUCGAAGAAUCGAGCGGCCGCUGUCAAUUAUUAGUCUCCUAUCAGGUCUGGUUUCUAGCGCCGAUGGCUUGCGAGCAAGCACACGCCAAUCAGCCAGCCAAGAAGAACAGACUCACCAAGUGCGGUCGGCGGGAGCGGUCCGGGCGGCUGGUCAGGGGGCGUCUCAGCCAUCCGCAUCCCCUUCGCGUCUCUCACACCAUCAGCGCAUCCACGGCGAUGCUGACAAAAUGCACAGGAGACGUUCGACCGCCUCCGUUUUGAGUCUCGGUCGCACAUUGUCCUUCUAUUCGGGCCGUCGAGCAACCAUGUCAUCCACGCCGUUUGCUCUUGGCACGCCGCGCAGUAGCCGCUUGUCCAUCGCCGAGUCGCCGUGGCAGGUUGUGGAGGACCGUGCUGGUUCUCACAACUUCAGUCCAUCUUUCAGAGCUGAAAGAGUUUCCAUUGCAAGCCCGUCUCCGAGCAUCAGGUCCCUCUCCCGGAAAUCGGCGCACAUCCUCGUACCGCCAGUAUCCCAGCACGUAGCCUCGACUCCGGUGCGAAGAGUGCGCCGUAAAGCUGUGCCAGGUAGUGGAGCCCUCGAAAGACCAAGAAAAGAGUCAGAUGCGGCGGAAUGGGCAAAUUCCGUCAGGCAAAGGGUUCACGCACUGGAAGUGGCAGCAGACACGCAAAAGUCGGCAGAGCCUGCUGCAGCUUCGCAGCACCGCAGAUUUCCAAGCACUCCCACUGCUAGAAGUCGCAGAGUGGUCAAGACAAGAGUUGUCCUUCCUGCUGGCCGACACAAAUUUUCGCUUGUGGAUCGCAUCCAUGCACCAUUGCCACCAUUACCGCGCGAGGAGCACAGCCAAUCGCAAGGGGGUGCUACAGAGGCGUGGAUCGACGAAGCUGCGCCAUCUUCAGACACUGAACCUAAUCAAGACUGUGCAGCUUCUCAUUCGGCCCGAAGUCGUCUGGUGCCACCCAUCUCGGAGCACUCUUUGGCUCAAUCCGAUGCGCCGGCCAGGCGAAUGAACAAUGGUCCUAUGGCGUCCACACCACCUAGCGCGCCGCCUGGCGUGCUGAGUGUUGUCAACUCCGCGUCGCCUACCGUUGCGGCUCGGCUGAAAGGCAAAAAGCCUGUUCGACCACUAUCAGAAGCCUUACCGUCGCGUCGCAAGAGUCGCCCUUGUCAGCAGCUGGGCAAAGAGAACGCAAGACCAGAGAGCACGUCAGCUUUGUCUGGCCGUUUCAAUAAGAACAACGUGAGCGCUGCCUCUUCUAGCACAGUGCCCGAAGCACGGGCCUAUGGGAAGCCAAGCGCAUCGGUUGCGCGUGACACAGCAGGCAAAGCGGCAAGACGAGAGACUUUUGACCUGCUCAAGAGCGGCAUCAGAGCUCGGUUCGCUGGACUACGUUGACUUCGAAAGUGCAUUCUUUCGUCGGCGCCCUCCACACCAGAACAUGCAAAAAGCCCACUCUUUCUGUGAUCUCACAUGUCCAAGGUGUUGAGAACACGCAGCAACAUG